UUCAUAUUUUAAAUUACUUCUUUUAAAACGAAAACAAAGUUAAAACUGCAUUUUUCGCAACAAAAAAAAUCUAAAAAUUAAAAUAAAAUUAGACAGUUUCCUGUGUUGUGAUUAAUUAUUUAAAAGAAAGGACAAUUAUAAGGAUAAUUAAUGUAUUUCUAAACCAUUGUAAACAUAUUUAAAAGAAACUGUGGCAGUCAACGCGUGCUUUAGAACAAGAACGACCGCGAAAAUUAAAACGUAAAUAACAAGUUAAACAGCAAACCACGAAACAAUGUCAAACCGGAAACGGAACGCCAUGGCCCCGCAGCGGCAGCUACCUCCCAUUAUUAAUGAGGACGACGGAGAUUUGCCGUUCUUUAAGCAGGACUUCUUCUCGGACGUGGCGCUCACCGUUAGCACUUCCGACGGAGGACGAGGACCCGGUGACCACACAGAACACGGCGCCAAACGCUCACAGGCAGCGGUACAGACCCGGAAGCUGUACACGGCACGCUGCCUGCUGGCCUACAACUCGCCGGUGUUUGAGAAGCAGCUCGCGAAUGCCAAGAAAGCGGAUCUUGACCUGAGCAGCAAGAACUUUGACGACAUUGUGGAGCUACUGUGCUACCUGGAUCCACGAGUGCAAUACACACUCACCGCGAGCAACGCGAAGCAGCUACUUCCGCUGUCCGAGGAGUACGAGAUGGCGAAGCUGAGGCAACAGUGUGAGACCGUCCUCUUGCAGACGUACAAAAAACUUCGCAGGGACCACCACGUGGGUGGUAUCCUUGCGGACAUCAACGAAGAGUACCUGCUGCUCGCCGACCGCUACAACAUCCGGCCGCUGCUACAGAUGUGCAUUGAAGAGUACGUGGCCAACCCGGAUAUUUCCAACGCCAAGAUGGCCGCUCACUCGGACGCCCUCUCCGAGAAGGUGAAAUUAUUGAUUCUGCAGAAGAAGCUUGCAAAGUUGAACUACCAUCUUGAGAAGGAGAGGCGGUACAGAAGUGAGGCGGAGCAGACGGCGAAUAGGAUUGCGCCCAAAACAGACUGGCAAAAAUAUUGGCACCAUAAAGGGCUUAAACACUUGCAGUGAAUGUUUAUAACAAUUGCCAAACUGAUGACUCUGUGAAUGUUUAUAUUACGUGCCCAACUUAUGACUCAGUAAGUGUAUAUAACACUUGCUCAACUAAUGACCCAGUAAGGUAUAUAACACUUGCCCAACUAAUGAAUCAGUGAAUGUUUAUAUUACGUGCCCAACUUAUGACUCAGUGAAUGUUUAUAUUACUUGCCCAACUAAUGACCCAGUAAGGUAUAUAACACUUGCCCAACUAAUGAAUCAGUGAAUGUUUAUAUUACUUGCCCAACUUAUGACCCAGUAAGGUAUGUAACACUUGCCCAACUUAUGACUCAGUGAAUGUUUGUAUUACUUGCCCAACUUAUGACCCAGUAAGUAAAUGUAACACUUGCCAAACUAAUGACUCAGUGAAUGUUUGUAUUACUUGCCCAACUUAUGACCCAGUAAGUGUAUAUAACACUUGCCCAAUUGAUGAUUCAUUUAAUGUUUAUAACCCAAUGUCAUUGUCUGAGAUUUUAUUUAUUAUGUUCUUGGACAUUUCCUUGGAUUACUUCACAAGGUUCAUAUUCUAUAAAUCGAGAAGUUGCAAAACACUACUUGUAUGCGUACACGAACAUGAUAACUACGUUUGUGCCUUACGUCAUCAAGGUAUGUGCAAAUUGUACACAUUUAAAAUGGCAUGUACGACAGCACCAGUCAAGUAAUUAUUUCGAGUAUAUAUGAGCCUUCAAGUACUUGUAAGUUUAUAAUGAAAUUUAACGAACGAUUUUUAAACCAAACUUCAACUUGUACAUGUAGCUACGCGUACGCAAACACGUCCUGUUUCGCAACCUCUCUAUAUACUUACUCUGUUGUCUAUAUACUUACUCUGUUGUAUACUCGUGCGUGCAUACAUAUGUACACAUAUUACUUUAUGAAAUGUUAUGAUAAAUAAUAUAUUUGUUAACAAUAUAUCAUUGAAGGAAUGCAACUUUAUAAUCUAUAUGCGCAUGCAAUUGUAAAAGUAUGCAAGUGCAUUUUCUAUAUGCGUAUGAAAUGGUAAAAGUAUGCAAGUGCAUUAUCAAUAUGCGUAUGAAAUGGUAAAAGUAUGCAUCUGAAUUAUCAAUAUGCGCAUGAAAUGGUAAAAGUAUGCAACCGAAUUAUCAAUAUGCGCAUGAAAUGGUAAAAGUAUGCAACUGAAUUAUCAAUAUGCGCAUGAAAUGGUAAAAGUAUGCAACUGCAUGAUCAAUAUGCGCAUGAAAUGGUGAAUGUAUGCAACUUAAUUAGAUACAUGUAUAUGCGCAUGAAAUGAUGGAUGUAUGCAACUUAAUUAGCUACAUGAAUAUGCGCAUGAAAUGGUGAAUGAAUGCAACUUAAUUAGCUACAGGUAUAUGCGCAUGAAAUGGUGAAUGUAUGCAACUCCAUUAUCUAUAUGCGCAUCAAAUGGUGAAUGUAUACAACUCAAUUAGCUAUAUACGCAUGAAAUGAUGGAUGUAUGCAACUCCAUUAUCUAUAUGCGCAUGAAAUGGUGAAUGUAUGCAACUUAAUUAGCUACAUGUUUAUGCGCAUGAAAUGGUGGAUGUAUGCAAGUCCAUUGUCUAUAUGCGCAUAAAAUGGUGAAUGUAUGCAGCUUCAUUAUCUAUACGCGCAUGAAAUUGUGAAUGUAUGCAAACUUCAUUAUCAAUAUGCGCAUGAAAUGGUGAAUGUAUGCAAACUUCAUUAUCAAUAUGCGCAUGAAAUGGUGAUGUAUGCAACUUAAUUAUCAUUAUGCGCAUGAAAUGGUAAAUGUAUGCAAACUUCAUUAUCAAUAUGCACAUGAAAUUGUGAAUGUAUGCAAACUUCAUUAUAAAUAUGCGCAUGAAAUUGUGAAUGUAUGCAAACUUCAUUAUCAAUAUGCGCAUGAAAUGGUGAAUGUAUGCAACUUUAUUAUCUAUAUAUGAAUGCAAUGGUGAAUUAUUGCAACUUCAUUGUCUCUACGCAUAUGAAAUGGGAAUUGUAUGCAGCUAUAUCAUCUACGUGUGUGUGCGUAUGAACUGUUAAAUGUUUGCAACUACUAGUACAUUAUAUGUACAUAUUCGCAUGGAAUGGUGAAGAUGGUAUAGGAAUCAAACGUAAAGCAAGCACGCCGAUAACAAUUUUGUUAUGAGUAUAAAAAGCACAAAAAAACACGGUUCUUCGAAAACUUACAGUAGAUUGCGAUUUGGAAAAAAAAAUUCAGCGGCGGAUGAAGAUCCCUAUUAACAGGUAAUUAUAGCCUACCUUUUUACUGUCUUCACCAUAUCAAGCACGUGAUCGUUAAUUAGUGUCUGUGAAGUCUGUAAUGAAGUUAAUAAAUCUGUCAUGAAAAGCAGGUUUUAUGUAAUUAUUUUCCCCUUUUCUCCCAAAACUGUCGCUUAUCAACAGCCAUAUUAAUUUCAAAUGUGUUUCCCAAAAUCUGACGGUGCAUCACAUUUUAAAACAUUUGAAUUUUAAUUUAUACCGACAAAAGCAUAAUAACUGUAUAAACUGUCAAAAUAUGUCGUGCAUAUUUUU